GAGAGAAGAUCUUGACAUAAUGGCUUCCUUCUUGCUGUAAAUAAACUCUUGUUUUCUAACUACACAUGAUCAUCGCUUCCCUCCUUCCUAUAAACCAGCUAAUUAGUAGAUCUAGGGUUCACAUGUAUAUGUGUAUUUCAACCUACACUCUCUAUCAUUGAACCCGUUGACCAAAUCAGCAUCGCCAUCUUCUUCACUUCUGAUCGCAGGUUCCCUUUCCCCUCUCUAAACCCUAGAAAAUGCUUCCUCUAUCUCUAUUAAAGACAGCACAAGGCCAUCCCAUGCUGGUAGAACUGAAAAAUGGGGAGACGUAUAAUGGACAUUUGGUUAACUGUGAUACGUGGAUGAACAUUCAUCUUCGUGAAGUUAUCUGUACCUCGAAGGACGGAGAUAGGUUUUGGCGAAUGCCCGAAUGCUACAUUCGUGGUAAUACAAUUAAGUAUCUUAGAGUUCCAGAUGAGGUUAUUGAUAAGGUUCAAGAAGAGACCAAGAGUCGUUCAGAUAGGAAACCACCUGGCGUGGGUCGUGGGAGAGGAAGAGCUAGAGAGGAUGGCACCAGUCGGCGACCUGCGCAAAACAUAGAUGGAGGUGGUAGAGGCAUGGGUGGAGGACGGGGCAGGGGUGGUAGGACUGGUGGUAGCAGAGGGGGAGGCCGGGGACGGUGAUAGAAAGCAGAGUUGCAAACAACUAAUGGGGUGCGGCUAGUUCUGCCACUUUUUGAAGGCAUAUGGCUACCCUCAAAAUGCAAUGUAGUUGAAAUUGGAACAAUUAUUUUAAUUCUCUGCAAACUUUUUUUUUUCUUUUUCUUUCUUGGCAUCAAAGCUUUGAAUUCCAAUGUGUGAACUACGACGAUCCAUAAAAACAUUUUUCGAUC